AUGGAUAAGGCGACAAACGGCAAUCCAGAUGCUGGGCUGAGGAGCCUCAAUCAUUAUCGAAAUCGACUCCCACUCUGGCGUUACCUGCCUCGACAAAAGCUUCUUCCUCUGAUCCGCUAUGAGACACCUUAUCUGGCCUGGUUCCAGGAGAAAAUACGGACUCCUUCAUUAGAUUCCUAUUUUGCGUUUACCGCCAACUUGGGGACACAUACUUUUUUCAUGGUCUUUUUGCCCUUGUUGUUCUGGAGUGGUUAUACAAAUCUGGGCCGUGGGUUUGUCCAAGUAUUGGCAUCUGGAGUGUUUUUUAGCGGCUUCAUCAAGGACUUGCUAUGUCUUCCUCGUCCGCUAUCGCCCCCGCUACAGCGCAUCACCAUGUCCGGGUCCGCAGCGCUGGAGUACGGGUUCCCUUCGACUCAUUCAACCAAUGCGGUCUCUGUCGCGGUAUACGUGAUCACACUACUCAAUUCGCCCGAUGCGACUUUGAGCCCUCGCGCCAACUUCCUCUUUCAAGGCAUGACUUAUCUUUACGUUAGUUCAAUCGUGCUGGGUCGACUUUACUGCGGUAUGCAUGGCUUCCUCGAUGUCAUCGUCGGCUGUCUUUUGGGGACCUUUAUUUCUUUCCUGCAAUUUGCGUACGGUCCUCUCCUCGAUGACUACGUAUUUUCUGCAUCAGGGACGCAGAUCGCGCUCGUCGUAUUGAUCCUUAUAGUCCUUGUGCGCAUACACCCCGAACCGGCGGAUGACUGCCCGUGCUUUGACGAUAGUGUGGCAUUUGCGGGUGUGAUUAUCGGAGUGCAGGUGGCAUCCUGGCACUUUGCGAAAUCCGACAUUGCCUGGUCCGAUCCCUCCCCAGCUACAAUCCCGUUCCGUUUCCAGGAAAUUGGACUGGUCAAGACGAUAUGUCGCUUUGUUCUGGGAGUGUUGUUGAUUUUCGCAUGGAGAGAAACCAUGAAGCCUCUUCUUCUGAAGGCUCUACCCCCGGUUUUUCGCGCCCUUGAAAAAUUGGGCCUCUCCCUUCCUCGGCGGUUCUUCACCCGAGCUUCGCUGUACCAAACGGUCCCUUCGCAUCUCAAGGACCACGAAAUCGUCCCGAGCUUCUCGGACAUCCCUUCAAUUCUCACCAGCAUCCGCCAUCCGCGAAGCCGAGCCAUCUCUGUUGGCCCGCAAUCAGAAGCUGACGCCUACGAGACACUAGCGUAUCGCGAGAAACGAAGACGCGAGAGCUUGUCGAAUGUUGCUCAUGACUAUGCGAGCGUCGUGUCAAGUGAUGGAGGCACACCGAGAGGUUCUCUCUCUGAGAAGAGGUCACCCAAAUUGUCACGGAAACCAUCUAAGCUGCAGGAGUACGAGCAUAUGAUGGGAACGGGCAUACCACGACACAGCCCAGAUGCUGACACGUCAACGGAACCCUUCCCUGCCUACGAGGACGAAAAAGAGCCCGAUAUGACGGAGAUGUUUUCGCAAGUGAAAAAACCCCGUGUGCGGUACGACGUGGAAGUGGUCACCAAGCUGGUAGUAUAUUCAGGUAUCGCCUGGGUAACGAUCGAAGGUGCCCCCAUCGUCUUCGACAAACUAGGUCUUGGGUUGUGA